AUGGCUCCAAAAACAUUAUACGACAAAGUAUUUGAGGACCACAUUGUCUACAAAGAUGAUUCUAACUCUUGUUUAUUAUAUAUUGAUAGACAUCUAGUUCACGAGGUUACAUCCCCGCAAGCUUUCGAAGGAUUGAGAAAUGCUCAUAGGUCGGUAAGAAGAACGGACUGUACAUUGGCUACAGUAGAUCAUAAUAUCCCAACAACUCCUAGAACCACUUUUAAAGAUGUUGAUUCAUUUAUUCAACAAAGUGACUCUAAGUUGCAAGUCAAGACUUUGGAACAAAAUGUAAAAGACUUUGAUGUCAAGUACUUUGGUAUGAGUGAUAGCAGACAAGGUAUUGUCCACAUUGUUGGUCCAGAACAGGGGUUUACUUUGCCAGGUACCACUGUUGUUUGUGGUGAUUCACAUACAUCUACACACGGUGCUUUUGGUGCUUUGGCAUUUGGUAUUGGUACCUCAGAAGUUGAACAUGUCCUUGCCACACAAACAAUCAUCCAAACCAAAUCAAAAAACAUGAGGAUAUUUAUUGAUGGGUCCUUGAGCGAAGGAAUCACUUCUAAGGAUUUGAUCUUGCAUGUUAUUGGUGUAAUUGGUACUGCCGGUGGUACUGGAUGUGUUAUUGAAUUUGCUGGUAAAGCUAUCGAGGACUUGUCUAUGGAGGCAAGAAUGUCGAUAUGUAAUAUGUCAAUUGAAGCUGGUGCAAGAGCAGGUAUGAUUAAACCAGAUGAAACAACAUUCAAAUACAUCAAAGGAAGACCAUUGGCACCAAAAGGUGAACAAUGGGAUAAAGCUGUCAAGUAUUGGAAGACAUUACAUUCAGACCCAGGUGCAAAAUUUGAUUAUGAUAUCAAGAUUGCUGCCAAGGACAUUGUACCCACUAUAACCUGGGGUAACUCCCCACAAGAUGCAUUGCCAAUUACCGCCAAGGUUCCUGACCCAGCUGAAGUAAGUGACCCUAUUAAGAAAGAGGGUAUGAUUAGAGCAUUGAAAUACCAAGGAUUAACUCCAAAUACUCCAUUAAAGGACAUCAAAAUAGAUAAGGCUUUCAUUGGUUCAUGUACAAAUUCAAGAAUUGAAGAUUUAAGAGCUGCCGCAAGGGUAGCAAAGGGACACAAAAAAGCUGAUAAUGUCAAAGAAGUCUUGGUUGUGCCUGGUUCUGGUCUUAUCAAAAGACAAGCUGAAAAGGAAGGUCUUGAUAAGAUUUUCGAAGCAGCUGGUUUUACAUGGAGAGAAGCAGGUUGUUCAAUGUGUUUGGGAAUGAACCCUGAUAUCUUGAGCCCAGAGGAGAGAUGUGCUUCAACUUCAAACAGAAACUUUGAGGGUCGUCAAGGAGCAAGGUCGAGAACACAUUUGAUGUCACCAGCAAUGGCAGCUGCAGCUGCCAUAAAGGGUCAUUUUACCGAUAUCAGGGAGUUUGAACACAAACACACUGAUGAACCUGAAGUAGCAAUUGAGCUGGGUGAAGAGGAUCAAGAAUUGCAAGAUGCUGUUUAUGAACACGAAAAAGUGCCAAUGGAUGUAUCACAAGCUGUUGAAGAUGAUAGACUCAAAGAUAUACCCCAACCAUCUCCUAAAAAAACCAAGCCAUCAUCUGACUUGGCUGAAGGUCUAGAUAAAUUCACCGUGUUGACCGGUAUUGCAGCUCCUUUAUUUAAGGCAAAUGUUGACACUGAUGCCAUUAUCCCAAAACAGUUCUUAAAGACUAUUAAAAGGACCGGUUUGAAAGAUGGUUUGUUUUACGAAGCUAGAUUCGUCAAAGAGAAUGGUAAAGAUGUUGAAACUGAUUUCGUUUUGAAUAGAGAACCAUACAGAAAAGCAGAAAUUUUGGUUGUCACUGGUGACAAUUUUGGAUGUGGCUCUUCUAGAGAACAUGCUCCAUGGGCAUUAAAAGAUUUUGGUAUCAAGUCCAUAAUAGCACCAUCAUUUGGUGAUAUUUUCUACAACAACUCAUUCAAGAAUUUUUUGCUUCCAAUUAGAUUACCACAGGAUGUCAUUGAGUCCAAGCUUAUACCAGUUAUUGAAGGAGGGCACAAAUUGACAAUUGAUUUGCCAAACCAACAAAUAAGAGAUGGCGAAACUGAUGAAAUGUUGGUCGAACAUUUCGACGUCGAAGAAUUUAGAAAGCACUGUUUGCUCAAUGGUUUGGAUGAUAUUGGAUUGACAUUACAAAAGGAAGAGUACAUUCAAGCAUUCGAAGAAAAAAGAAGAGAUGUUUUUUCAUUUUUGGAAGGUGGAUCGAAAUUGAUUACUCCAGUGAGAGGUGCCAAAAAGAGCAAGUACGGUUUGAAAACUCAAGAAUGGUAA